AUGACGAGAAAGAAGGGGAAGGGAAGGAGAAGGGCAGAAAGAAGAGAGGAGGGGGAAACGAAGGAGAAGGUUGAAGAGGAUCCACGAGAAGGGGAGGAAGGGAGAGAGAAGAGCAGCGGCGCUGCUUGGUGUUUCUAUUCGGCUGCCUCCCUCGCCGUAAAAAAUGGAGGAGAGGGAGAGAGGGGCGGCAGCUGGAGAGGAAGGGGGAAGCGGAUGAAUGUUUUUUUUGCAUUUCUAACCUUUCAUUUAUUGCUGAAGCUUCCUAGGAAUUGGAUGCAUUUGCAUUUUUUGCGUGCAAUUGGAAUUGCCAUGUCCAUGAGAGCAGGCAUUGCUGCGGAUGCUGCAGCUGCUUUACUUUUCCGAGUACUUUCACAGCCUGCUCUGCUCUUUCCUCCAUUAAGGCAAGUUGAAGGAAUUGAAGUUCAACACGAACCACUGGGUGGCUAUAUUUCAUGCAAUAAAAAGCAGAGACAAGUGCCUUUAGCAGAAGCCACAGUUGAAGCCACUGCGCAAGGGAUUGCAUCAAUGCUUUGUGCACACGGCCCUGAGGUUGAAUGGAGAAUAUGUACCAUAUGGGAAGCUGCUUAUGGCUUGAUUCCUUUGACUUCAUCAGCUGUUGAUCUACCUGAAAUUAUAGUUGCCACCCCUCUGCUACCACCUAUUUUAUCAUGGAACCUGUAUAUGCCACUACUAAAGGUUCUUGAGUAUCUUCCUCGUGGGAGUCCAUCUGAAACUUGCCUCAUGAAAAUAUUUGUGGCCACAGUAGAAGCAAUUCUUCAGNAUAUAUAUAUAUGA